CACUGACGAUGACAGAAGUUCGUAUACCAAAGCAUAUAAUGCGUCAUGAGACUGCUGCAUUGGGUUGCAAGUAUGAUCUGGAUGGUGAGUCGUUGUAUUCGGUAAAAUGGUAUAAGGAUGGUUUUGAGUUUUAUCGCUAUGUACCCAGAGAUAUGCCACCUGGCCAGGUGUUUCCGUUACCGGGAGUGGAUGUAGAUCUGCAAAAUUCCACAGACAAUGUGGUGGUAUUGAAUCGUGUUACCUUACAAUCAACAGGUCGUUAUCGCUGUGAAGUAUCCGGUGAAGCACCAUCAUUUCAAACAGUUUCCGGUCAUGAGGAUAUGAUUGUAGUGGUUACACCAUUGAAGGGACCACAAAUUACUGGUGGUCAACCACGCUAUUCAAUUGGCGAGAAGGUGUCCGUUAACUGUACAUCAGCGCCAUCAAAGCCCAUCUGUCAUCUCAGUUGGUUGAUUAAUGGUGUCCAUGCAAAUCGUUCGUAUCUGCGUUAUUAUGAACCCAAAAUAGUUGGACGUGAAGGUUUAGAAGUGGCUACACUGGGUUUGGAAUUUCGUGUACGUGGGUGACAUUUUAAGCAUGGCGACAUGAAGUUAAAGUGUGUCGCCAAGAUUUCUUCAGUUUAUUGGCAAAGUAAUGAGGAAAGUGUUGAAAGUGAUAAACAUCAAAGAAUACCAGUAUUAGAAUCCAGAGAAACAGUAGUGCCGAAAUCACGAUUUUUGGAUAAAUCAUUAGAAGAAAACCAAAAAGCUGCCACAAAAUCUUCCACUUCCUAUAACUCCUCAGCAAAUAUAU